CCCACACACAACAUGUCAAAUAAUAAUGAUUCAGCUUGUAUUUCUUUCCUUUAACAAUGUAUUUAUCUUUACUCCCAAGUGAAAUACUCGAUUUGAUUGUAUCGAAUAUAUUAAAUGAUAAUAAAAAAUAUCAAUGUCUUCAUGUCUGUAAAAAUUGGUAUCGAGCGCUUCGUCCAUCUCUUUAUAGGAAUGUAGUUUUGACAAGUCGUCGUCAAUUUAUACAAUUCUUAAAUUGCAUCCAACAAAGUGAAGAGAUCCAUCUUUAUAUACGACAUUUGUAUAUGAAAGAUAAUGUAGGAUUAUCUCAGAAUGAAAUUGAGUCUUUACCCUAUUUAUUUCCUCUACUUGAAUCACUCUAUUUUAAUCCUAAAUUAUGGAGAUAUCAACACAAUGUAUCCUCCUAUCAUGUAAUAAAAAAGAAUACAUGGAAGAGAAUGAAGGCAUUACCGCCGUUAGAUUGUAUUCAGACCUCUUAUCCUUUAUUAUCUGAAUAUGGAUUUGGAUUAGAGGAACUCAUACUCAAGGGGAAUAUAGUCAAUCCCAUGCAUAGAACAAAAUGUUCUACAAAGGGAGCAACGACUAGUGCUUUACUUCAUUUAUUGACUCUUACACCCCAUCUUAAACGGUUAACCAUGUAUGGUCGAGAUCAUUUUAAUCUGAUUACAUCCAGACAAGCAAAUGAGAGAACAGAGUUCACAUUAGAUGAUAUCAUCCAUUUACAUGCACUGUUACCUAGUCUAGUGCAGUUAACAUUAAUCGAUGUUGUGCUUACAAUCUCAUCGUCGCCAUUGGAUCAGAUACCUGCUAACCAAAGGAUGCGAAAAUUAGAUAUCAACCAUAGCUCUUUAGCUCACUCUACCUGGAUUGAAAGUAUUGCUAAAUUAUAUCCUCAUAUAGUCGACUUGAAUUUGAAUGUAAAGUGGGAUCCAGCUUAUAAACAAACAUGCACUUGGAGAGAUAUUGAGUCUAUUCAAGAAGGAUUUCAUCGAAUUGCUACUGAAUGUCGUUCACUUGAAUCAGUGAAUUUAGGACAAUUAGAAUCUGUCUUGAAGAUAACGACCGAGAGUAAAUUCUUUGAUUCAUUAUCAAGGGUAACAUCAUCAGGUCUAGUCGAAUUAAAUAAUAUAUGUCUUGAUAGAAAUAUGUAUGGGAAAUUGGCUUCAAAUUCCUUUGCUACCUUUAUGGCAUGUACAAGUCCUAUAAAGACAAGAACACUUGGAGUUCAAUUAUGGCGUGAUUUAGGAAAUAUAGAAAACGUGAUGAAAACGAUCGGGACUUGUCAUCGUUUAACUGAACUUGAGCUUAGUUGUGGUCGCUAUUGUUAUUCAUGGAAUUAUGGAUGCGAUAUUGACACGAUUGUAAAAUAUUGUCCUCAACUUGAAAGACUUAGUUUAAGUAUAGCUCGACUUGGCUAUUCUAAAAGAGACGAAGGUGAUGGUACGAUCACUGUUUCUAAUAUUAAAUCAAUUUACUUGAAUCAGAUUCAUUUUACAACAGAGGCUAUGCAUGCCAUAGCUAAAUAUUGUCCUCAGUUAGAAUAUUUUGAGUUAAUUCAUUGUGUAAAAGAUAAAGAUAGCUUAGCAAACAAGAUUCAUAUUGCUUUACCUUAUCAACAUUUAAAAACGUUAAAAUUAGAACACGUCUAUCUUCGACCAAGUCCCUAUGUAGAAAAAUGUAAUAUAGAUGCUGCUCUAUUAGCUGUUAAUUAUUCGAAUAGAAAUGAACAUGAUUGGAAGAGACAAUCUAAAAGACUUUGUACGAGAUGGUAUCAUUUAUGCUGUCAAAGAAACAAGUCAACUACAACAAAGCAUGUUCGACAAUUAAGAAGACUUGAUUAUAUAAAAUCAGAAAAAGUAAAAAAUUAUGUUAUGAAAUAUGAAGAUUGGGACCAUUUAGAAGAGAAUUCUAUUCGUAGAACAUAUCGUGAAUUUGAUUACUGGGAUAGUGAUAUCCCUUAUGGAUUUGUACAAAUUGAAUGUAAAUACGUAGAUAAUUUAAUUUUUAACGAAGUAAUAUUGUAGUGACGACAGCAGCAGUAAUAGCAGUAGCAGUAAUAGCAGUAGCAGUAGUAGCAGUAGCAGUAAUAGUAGCAGCGAGCGGAUAACUAAUUUAUUUAUAUUAUUA